AUGGACCAUGAAUACGAACAAGAUGCCGCACUACUUUUGCAGCUCUUUAUUCUAUCGGUGGGCCUUCUCCUGUGUCUACCGGGCGAACCUAGGAAUCCUUCCUUUUUCGAACAAAGGUUGGCUUGGAAGCGCUACAGUGAGAAACACCAGAAGCGUUCGACGUUUACAAGACGACUUAGAAUGGGCAAGGAUAGCUUUGACAAGCUGCUUUCGUUCAUAGUUGACGACUUGCUAGUAAACGAGACCCAGGCUGUGAGAAGAGGAGGUUCCAUCAUUCCCGCACUCUGUCUUUACUGCACGCUUCGAUAUUUAGCUGGUGGUUCCUAUCUUGAUAUUACGGAUAUAGCUGGAAUAUCCAAGAGCUCGUUCUAUCGCGUAUUAUGGAAGACAAUAACGGCAAUAUGUAAGUGUCCGCAGUUGAAAAUCCGCUUCCCCAAUACAGGGCAGGAAAUAAAGGACGCAAUAGACGGCUUUGCUGGGAUAUCCGAUGGUGGCGCCAUUAGCAACUGUGUGGGUGUUGUCGACGGCUAUCUUAUGCGUAUCAAGGUUCCAACCAAGAAGGAAACUGGCAACAUUCGAAGUUUCUUCUCCGGCCAUUACCAGUGCUAUGGAGUAAACAUCCAAGCUGUGGCCGAUCAUCAUUCUCGGUUUAUCUUCUUUGCCUAUGCUGCUCCUGGAGUCUCAGACGACCGUAAUGCAAUGCGGCAAUGUGCUUUACAUGGUUUGGUGGAGUCGCUUCCAGCCGGUGCUUGCGUAAUCGGCGAUGCUGCGUAUAUCCCCACAGAGCGCAUGGUGCCAAUAUACCAGGGUACCGACAAAUUGAUCCCGCUGUACGACAAUUUCAACUUCUAUGCCAGUCAGUGUCGCAUACGUGUUGAAAUGGCCUUCGGUAUUAUGCAGAUGAAAUGGGGCAUACUCGCACGUCCUCUUGGCUGUUCCUUGAAGAACAUGCUGUGGUUGGCUCAGGCUAUAGCUCGUCUACACAACUUUUGUAUCAACGAGCGCCUUGAAGCUGCCGGAACUGUUGACAAUGACACCGUCCUCAGCACAAAUGGUACCGGAUAUAUUCCUAGUGUUCCGCAUGAUGCCGAUGGGGAUCCCGUGCGGUUGGACAAUAUCUUCAAGGGUAGUUUUGAGGGGAAUUCCUACCUACGGGAAUUCAUGGCAAAAAGAAUCAAAGGUCUACAGCUGCAACGGCCUUCGCGGAAUAAAAAGCGUAGAAGGAGAGAAGACGAGUAA